AUGGUCCAUGCCCGUCCGUCUCUCCUCGCCGUCCUCUGCGCUCUCCGCGCAGGCCUGCUCGCCGCCUUGGCCGCCGAUCUAUCUUCCUGCCGAUGUCUGCGACCGCCUACCCCCGCACGCGCACACACACGCAUCAUGCAAUCUGCCAUUGACGUCCCCUUCGCACCCCCUCCGAAACAUAUCGAGUCUCGGCCGACAACCCAGCUCCGUCCACGUCCCGAGCCUGAACAGCCCAGUCCUUCCACUGCGCUCCAAACUGGCUCCCAUCACGGCCUGGGUCCCUGGUCAUCUGAUCGAGCCUUCACGUCAAAUCAGCUGCGCCCGCCCAAUCCUGUCCUCCUGAACGCGUAA